UGGCUCGAGCCCGGUCGCUACGUAGCGACCGAGCGAGACGGACGCUCGGUCGCUACCAAGCUUUGGUUCAAGCUCGGUAGCUACGUAGCGACUGAAAAAUAUAAUUCCGUCGUGACCGUUUUUGACCCCAACAUGGGGUGAACCUAAGUUCUGUCCAUUCUUUUAAUGAACACUUAUUUUAAUAUUCCAUUUUUUUUCAAGAAUUAUUUGAUUGGCUUUGAAAAUUAACGGCUUAAUCAUCUUCAUUAAUGGUGAUUAAAAUUUAAAUAAUGUAAGAACGAAUAUACAAAGUUGAGGAGAACGACAAAAGUAUCUCAUACAUAUUAUAUCUGGUAACUAUUGUACUUAUUGUGUGUUUAGUAAGUGUCUAACAAUAACAAUGUCUGAGCCAGCGUUCAUAUAAAACCACCGCCCUUUUGAUUCACGCGACUUGAUGUCAAUCCGUUGCGUGCCAUCACCAUCGCCCAUUGUCGCAGCCUUACCGUCAGGGAUCUAUCACCUUUCACGUGUAGUCAUCUCGUACCAGGUCCGUAACACGACGAAUGUGAUCAAAGUCGGGAGGGAGAGAAGACAAAUAGAAUUGGAUCCACAGUCUCACCACACAACCACCCCCAUCGUUAACGUGGGUCACUGGAGGAGCGGUACGUGUAACCGGAGAGUCGUGCAGUGAUCAACGGAGAUUGUACCAGCCACCGUGAUCCAAGCCGUGUAGCUACGUGUUAUCUUCCUUGUUACUUUCGGUACAAGCAAUAUCUGCAGCAUAUAACCCUAAUUGUAUCUUGUGCAUGAUGAAAUCUUGUAAUUAGGUGUGGCUUGUGCGACAAGUAAUCAUUUGAAAGUUUAGACCGAGUCUCAUUGGACGAGUUAUUUCCAGUUUCGAGCGUUUCCUAUUCUACUUCCAAUGGUAAACUUGAAAUUCUCACAUCUUUAUAUAAUCACCAAAACAAAAAAUAUCAUUUAUUACACUAAAAUAAUAAACUAAAAUCUAUUGCAAUGCAUAAUAUAUAGUAUAAUAGAAUCAUACAAGCUUUACUACAUUUAAAAUAAAUAAUAAAGCCAAUUAAAAGAUAAAUGAGAUCUUCUAGAUACUCUGCAUUAUUAUCACUAGGAGUGGGUGUUUGGGUACCCAUUCGGAUUCGGUAUGUAACUAUUCGAAUUUCAGAUAUUCCGAUUCAAAGAUUUCAGCUCCAUUUGGGUAUUUCUAAAUUUUGGUUUUGGUUUGGUUCGGAUUUUUGCGGGUUCGGUUCGGGUUUGAAUAACUUAUUUAAAUUAUUUUAAAAUUUUUAAAAUUCAUUAUAUGCUUAAAAUUUCUCAAAAUUUAUAUACAAAAAAUAAUAUAUUACUUAUAAAUUUCUCAAAAUCAAAAAUUAAUGAUUGAGUAUAAAAGUUGAAUGAAGCAUGGCUGAAGCGCAUUCCAUGUAUGGUUUUGAUCACAAAUUUAUUUAGUUUUGGCAAAUUUAAUGUAGAAAUCAAUAGACUUGUUUAUUAUUUUGACCACAAUUUACUGUAUUUAAUAAAAUUUGAAUAGUUUUAGAAAACCGUUACAAACCAUUUAAAUCCAAAAAUAUAAUCUUAACCGUAACCACCUAAACAAAAGUCAGUUUGUAACAUUUAAAUUCUAAACCCCCAAAAAAAAGAUUAUACAAAAGUUACCUACAUUCUUUUGGUUAGAGCGAUUCGAAAAUCUUGUAAUUUUGUUGAUGUCUCAUGUCAUUACAUAUUUGGUUGAUCAAUAACGUUUUGUCUAAGAAUAUUCAAGAAUUUUUUUUCACGAACCAACACUAACUAUAAACAUGUUUGAAAACUCAAACUACAUCAGUUCAAUUAUUUAAUAAGAAGCUUAAAUCAAAACAAUGCUCCAUACCCAACCCAGCGCAAACUCCUUGAUAUUGUUAUCCUCGUUGCCAUAGUGAAGUCUGCAUAGAACCCAGGACCAAGAGCUCCACCAACAGUGAAAACAUAAGCAGACUGUCUCUAUAGACUCACUAAUGUCUACUUUUUCUCUAUACAGAGCUUCUAAAGCACAAUGUUCCAUGAUACGACAUCUUUAUCCUCAACGCUCUCGAACACCGUAACAGAAUCAACCAGUUGUCCGAGCUUUGAGUACAUGUCAACAAGCGCAGGAUUGGAUAUGGUUCCUGUCUCAGGGGAAGAAGAAGAGAAGACCAAAGCACAAACCUCGGAUUUAGGGUUUCUAUUCAGCAAUGGAUAGUGGCCGCCGGAAAUUGUUAGUGAAAACCGAGAUUCACACAAAUCGACAACAAUCGAAGGUGUUGGUGAUGAAUCGUGUGAACCCUAAAAAAAAUUCUAAAAGGUUAUUUGGUUUUUCACAUCCAUUUUAACGUGUGUACAAAAUAUAGAAUUAGUGUAGUAAUUAGUUAAAAUAUAAGAGUCAAUCUAAGUAAUCUAUACUAUUAUUUGCGAAGUAAAUUUUCGCAACGGAGCUCCCACAUUAAAAGUUAGAGUGGUUAAUAUCGAUUAUACCCUUAAUGAAUUAAAUAUAUAAAUUAGUAACAAAUAAAAACGAAAUUUUAAUUAAUUUGAUUAGAUAAUUGAUUAAUAUUAAGAAUAGUAACAAUUAUCCAAAAUCUGAAAAUAUAAUUAAAAAGAAGAUAAUUUCUGUAUAUAUUGUAUUGUUAUCUGUAAAAGUAUUUUAGUAAAACUUAAAAAUAUAAAUUAUAUAAUUAAAUAUUAAUCUAUACUAUUAUUUGCGAAGUAAUUUUUCGCAACGGAGCUCCCACGUUACAAGUUAGAGUGGUUAAUAUCGAUUAUACCCUUAAUGAAUUAAAUAUAUAAAUUAGUAACAAAUAAAAACGAAAUUUUAAUUAAUUUGAUUAGAUAAUUGAUUAAUAUUAAGAAUAGUAAGAAUUAUCCAAAAUCUGAAAAUAUAAUUAAAAAGAAGAUAAUUUCUGUAUAUAUUGUAUUGUUAUCUGUAAAAGUAUUUUAGUAAAACUUAAAAAUAUAAAUUAUAUAAUUAAAUAUUAAUCAAAUAAAAAUUUUAAUUAUAUAAUUAAAAUAUAAUAUUGAGUUAUUUUAAUAAUGAAUAUAGUGUACAAAGAACUUUUCAAAAAUUUAUGAAAAUGUUUAAGCCCGCAUCGCGGGCAAAACACCUAGUUUUCUCUAUAAAAUAUACUAAAAAUAUAGUUUUCAAUAUCUACAUAAUUUGAUAUAUAUUGUUGGGUCGGUGAUUAAACCGUUUUUGUGUAACACGUAUAUAUAUAACAAGCAUAACCUAAUGUGUGGUAUAUGUCACUCAUCUAUAAGCAAGCGUGAAAAAUUUAGAACCCUAACUAAUUUCGCCACCUGUUUCAAACAAUUAAUGACGACGGUCUCUGAUCUUUCCAGAUAUUUGAUCGGGGAGAUACUCUCUAAAGUUCCGAUUACAUGUGUUGGAAAAGUAAGAUGCACAUGCAAACGAUGGAAUGCUUCAUCGAGACAUAGGAUAGUUGGUAAAACAGUAGCUAGGCAGUUUAUGGGGUUCAUGAUGAUGGAUUUUAAGGUUUGUUCCAUUAGAAUCGAUCUCAAUGGAAUAGUAAAGGACGAGGAAGGCUCUGGUCCAGUAUCUAUAAAACUGAUUGAUAAUCUCAAUAAAAUCGAGAUAAUUAAAGUGUUUCACUGCGACGGCUUGUUGUUAUGCACGACCAGAGACAACACAAGGCUAUUGGUUUGGAACCCGUAUCUAGGGCAAAUGAAGUGGAUCGAGCCCAAAAAAGCUUACCACAGAUUGGACAGGUAUGCUCUGGGGUAUGAUACAAACAAGAAAUCCUACAAAAUAUUGAGGUUUGUGGAUGAUGCCUACUGGCCCACACCCCUUUUUGAGUUUGAAAUCUACGAUACGAACUCUAACUUGUGGAGGGCUCUUGAUGUCACUCCCGACUGGGAUAUCGAGUAUUUUCGACCCGGCUUGACAGUGAAGGGAAACACUUACUUUUUCGCUAAACAAAAAAUAAUAUUAGACGAAGGUGAAGCAGACGGAGAUGUAGAUGAUUUCUUGGUCUCUUUUGAUUUUACCAAAGAGAGAUUUGGACCACAUCUGCACGUGCCGUUUCACUCUCGUCUCGACGAAGACACCGUGGUUCUAUCGAGUGUCGGAGAAGAGAAGCUUGCAGCGUUAUAUCAAUGCAUGGAUAGAAAUAUGAUGGAGAUAUGGGUUACCACUAAGACUGAGCCCCACGUGGUGUCGUGGAGCAACCUGUACUUCUUAGCAGUUGAUAAGAUGGUCCCUCUCUUUAGUGGAAGUUUCUUCAUUGACGAGGAAAAGAAACUCGCACUGGCUUUCACUUUAGACACACUUGGUCGCUACAAAAGGGCUUACAUCAUUGGAGAGGAUGGGUAUUUUAAACAAGUGGAUCUCGGAGAAGCUGUUGUGAUUCCUGAUGACGACGGCUAUCCCUACUGUUUCCCACUUGUGUGCUCUUACGUGCCAAGUUUAGUGCAAAUCAACCAAGGCCUAGUUCUAUCGGGAAAAAGGGAAGAAUGACAAGUUAUUGGUGAAUUACUUUUUAUUUGUUUCCUCCAUAUAAUCUCUUUUUCGUUUUCUUUGCCUUUUGUCACCUUCUUUGAACGAGACUUAUUUUUAUUUUUUUUUCUAUUUAUCAUUUUAUUACUCAAAAGCUCUGUCUAUCGUAUUUGAAGUCUUGACCAUGUAUUGAUCACAAAACCCUCUUAAUUUUAUUGUGAUUUUAUGUAUGGUGUCACAUGUUCCAGCCAAAUUAAAUCUGGAUUUACCAAGUUGAUUAAGAAAGGUUUAAAACACCACCAUAGAUAAAAUGUCUAACUGAAAACACAUAUAAAUACAUGAUUUAAUAAAUGUAUUUUUUAUUAUAUAAUUGUCUUUUUAAUUCUUGAAUUAGUAAAUGUAAGAUAGGUUUAAAACACUAUGGAAGAAUACUGCCAUAAAUUGGUUUAGCCUUUGGAUAGGAUGAAGCUAACAAAACAAACAAAGUAACACACACCAAAAUCAGAACCAUUAGAGCAUCAUUAACCCUACAAAUUCAUUUGGGGCUCUUAAUAAGUUUUUUAGUAAUAUUUGGUAAUUAAGAACUUUAGUUAAGAGACCCUUAAAUUUUGUGUUCCAAUGGGAGUUCUUCAUUAGAGGUUCUUAAAAAAAAAAUUAUGAAACAUUGUGAUGAGAAGAUAAACUUAAUUAGGCUAUCUUAAAAAAA